CCUCACGGGUCCCGACGUCUCCGCGAACGUUUCCUCUCCGCGGCGCCCCGCAACCUCUGCACUGCCGGCCGGCCCGGCGCGAAGGCGGCCGCUACGUACCACCCCGAGCCCCAGGAGCCGAGACCCGCCUUCCAGCCGCGUGCUGCCCGUCUCCCGCGCCUGCGCGGAACCUCGUCACCGCCGUGAGCGCCUAAAGCCACGCCCCCUCGCGCUGGACCACGCCCUCGGAGACUCCGCCCCUGUAGCCCGGAUCCCGCCUGCAGGACCCUGAACCUCAAUGAUCUUACAGCAGCCCUCGGAGCGAGGCCCCCAGGGUCGGGCCCAGCGCCACUCGCGGGCCGCCUUGGGGGCGACCCGGGGCCUGGACGCCAGCUCCCCUCUCCGAGGAGCUGUGCCCAUGAGCACCAAGCGGCGCCUGGAGGAGGAGCAAGAGCCCCUGCGCAAGCAGUUCCUGUCUGAGGAGAACAUGGCCACCCACUUCUCACGACUCAGCCUGCACAAUGACCACCCCUACUGCACUCCCCACUUGGCCUUACCCCCAGCCCUGCCCCCACUCAGGAGUUCUUGCUCUGAGCUGCUUCUUUGGCGCUACCCUGGGAGCCUCAUUCCGGAGGCCCUCCGGCUGCUGAGGCUGGGGGACACCCCUGCGCCCCACUACCCUGCAACCCCAGCUGGGGAUACAAUGGAGCUCUGAGUGCUGGUGGGCAGUGCCCCUCCCACCUUCCCCACAAGAGAAGAGACCAGUGACCCCCAUGAAGGGACAAGGUGCUUGCCUAUUCUCCAGACCAGGCAUCUGGGUACCAGGACCUUCCCCCAACACAGGACACUGAGCCCAGUGGAGUGCUGGGAUGGGAGGGGCAGGAGCACGGGAAGGGAAGGGAGGCAACCGCCCCUAGGAGAACUGAAUAAAGAUUGAUAAGCAAAAGAAAGCUU